CGCUUCCCGCCCGUGCCGGCGCUGCCGCCGCUCCGUGUCUCUGAGGGAAGGACGCCCGCGGGGCUCGCCAGCCGGCCGCCAGGAUGUCGUACAUGCUGCCGCACUUGCACAAUGGGUGGCAGGUGGACCAGGCCAUCCUGUCGGAGGAGGACCGGGUCGUGGUCAUCCGCUUCGGGCACGACUGGGACCCCACGUGCAUGAAGAUGGAUGAGGUCCUGUACAGCAUCGCCGAGAAGAAAUGGCAAAUUAAAGGGGGAGAUCCUACCUCAUCCUCUUGUUUACAAGCCAUGUUUGGAUCUCUGCUGUUUUAAAGAGU